CGAACUCGCGCGUAUCGAGGGAGAAAAUAAAUGCGACGAUCCUACGAACGGUGCGCGGCACACGUCUGGUGGACCGUCAUCGCGCCGGCCGCGAUUAAACGAUUUUUAAUCGUCCCCGAUCCGACAGCCGCGGAUUAACCAACGGACCGUCACAGCUGUUUCAGAACCGAACAUCGACAUGGAGGCGACGGAGAGGGAGAAGCCGCUGGUUAAAGAGUUGAACGAACAUAUCGUGUGCCCUCUCUGCAGGGGCUACCUCAUUGACGCAACGACGCUCGUAGAGUGCCUGCAUUCUUUUUGCAGAGGUUGCAUAGUCAGACGGCUGAGUAGCGGUGCACGAGCGUGUCCCGUGUGCAACGUCGCGACGUCUCCGCCCCUGCUGCCGGACGUGAAGCUGCAACGACUGGUCUAUCUGCUGGUACCGGGCCUGUUCCGGUCCGAGCUCGAACGAAGGCGCCACUUCCGGCUGGUGAACCCGCAGUGUCCACCGUUGGCCCCACCUUUGGGCGCUCUCGACCUAACCUUGGACGAUUUUGUUAGUCUAAGCCUGUGCGCGCUCGAUGAACCGGAAGACGAAGCGCGCGAUCAAUCACCGGAAAGUUUCGCCGGGUCAAGACCACGGGCGAACGUUGACCAGCCGAACCACGAAGAGGCGACACGGAUCAGAAGUACAAGAUACCUGAAAUGUCCUGCCGGCGUGACGGUCCGACAUCUGGUGAGACUGCUGAUGCUGAAGAGAGGCUGGGAAGAGGUGAACUCCCUCGGGGUGAACAAGAUAGAGAUGCUGUGCGAGCGGAGCAACGAGCAGCGGCUGGACACCCCCAAGAUGAUAUCUCUGGACCACUCGUGGACUCUGCUGGAUCUCGCUUGCAUAUUCGGCUGGAAAAGGGACUCGCCUAUGAAGCUGUUUUACCGGCUGACGCGAAAGGAUAGUAACGCGGUGUCCGUGUCGAGAGUGAGUCCUUACAACAACGAAACGAGCAAGGAUGUCCCGACCAUGGAGAACAUUCAAAGGCCGCCGACACCGCCGCCGAGUCCCAAGCCAGUCCAAGAAUGCGAAGUCGAGGCUCGUAGGAUUUUAGAAAGUAGCACCGAGCCGGCUCGGUCCCUGGAGGCGAAUCUGGAACGCGACAAGGAGCCGAAGGCAAAGAAACCCCGCUGCGAGGUGACGCCCGUCAUGAGGACGCCCGAUCUCGUGCCGAUGCAACCGAAUCACGUGCCGGAGAGCUCGAAGACCAAAGAGCUGGCCAGGCUGGAGCACAGGAAGCGCAGGAAACGACGGAACAAACGGGUUAUAGCGGAAAUCACCACCACGCCGAGGGAGGAUCUGCUGAAGCUGAAGGUCCGCCUCACGCCGUGUCCGCCGAGGAUCACGUCGACGUCGGCCAGCGGCCAGACCAAGGAGAAAUUGUUACAGAUGAGAGCCGUUAGAAGAGAGAAGAUCAAAGCGACUGCACUAGGCCAGCAACGAUCGACGAGUUCCUUGGUCCGGGAAGAUGGUGCCAAAGACGGUAUCGGGGAGACCGAAGAGACUAUCGAGGAAAUUAUAGACAGUAUACCGGACGAGGUGGUCAGAAUCGCACAAAACAUCACCACGCAAGCCGAGGAAGCGUCCGCGGGUACGGAAAGAAUAGAGCAGAGGAGCGUAUCGACAGCUUGCAGACCUCCACCUAAAUCAAAGGAGGAAAUCGAACUGGAUGCAGCGAAGCCGGCCGAGCAGGUCGAAGUGGAGCGACCUAAGAAAGACGAGGAGAUCCUACGACGGUUAGGUUUGGUCGCGGUGAACGAGGCCGGUGACAAGUUCCGCGAGAAGGCGAAGCAACGUGUCCAGAACAACGGGGAGAAGAUCGACAGCUUGGAUCGGGAGAAACUCGAGAAGCAACUGCGCGAGAGCAAGGCGAACCGAGUGAGGAGCUUGUUGGCCGAGAAACAGAUGCGCGACACGCUCAAGAGCAUCAUGUCGAAGACAAAAGAGGAACAACCACCCCCGCCUGUGCCGGUCAAUACCGUUCCGAAGAAGAAAGGCCCGCCGCCGCUGGCACCCCUCCGAGUCGCGAAGCCGUCCGGCUUCGCCGCGUCGAGCGCCAUUUUAGAGCCGAACAAUUCCAAGUACGAGACCCCGUUGGAUCUGAGCAGCGGCGGGACCACCGUGCACAACAACGUCCUCGACUUGUCGGCCAAUUUAUCGGCUGGCAACUUCUCCUCGUUGUCGUCUUCGUCGCCCUCGCCUUCGUCCUCAUCUUCGUCCCCAUCUUCCUCUUCGUCCUCGUCCUCGUCCUCCUCCUGUUCGGUGUCCUCGUUGAAUUCCCGGCCGCCGCGGCCCGGGAUCGCAACCGGAAGCCUGCUGCGAGGCAAGCCGAAGGAUUUGGAUCAACGCCGCGGCCAGGAAUCCAAUCUGGUCACGCUCUCCGACGCUGCGGUGUCCUUACUGAGCGGAUGCAUCGGGGAUAAGAGCACGGUGGACCCUCUGGUGCUCAGCUCGGCGAACAUAGCCAGCAAGGUGGCACUUCGGAUACCGCAGCCACAUCAGAGAAUCUCCGGUUUCGGGAUGAAGAUCAAGCCGAACUUGGGUAUCAGGCAUAUACCCAACCCUCAAGCGGUGGUCGCCUCGCAGUACAGGAAUCAGAGAGCGAGUUUCUAUAACGCUGCCUCGCAACAGCCACCGUAAACAGAAUGUUCAGAUGAUGAUGAUGAUGAUGAUGACGAUGAUGAUGAUGAUGAUGAUGAUGACGAUGAUGAUGAUGAUGAUGAUGAUGAUGAUGAUGAUGAUGAUGAUGAUGAUGAUGAUGAUGAUAAUGAUGAUGGCGAUAUAUCAUACCACAGCCCAGUUUCCCUGUCUUCGCUCCUGUUUCCUCAUUACUUCCUGUUAACGUUACACGUGUAAGAACGCUCCUACUGAAAACGAGAUUCCUAUGUGACCAACCCAAAGGCUGUACGUUACCAUAUAUAUUUUCUUCUUCCCGCUUCCUGCGAAGCCGCGUCGCACACGCGCAACCAUAGCCCGACGAUAUCAAUGGAAACGCGACGAGUUUCGCGUGGGCGCGAGGACACACGGUACACCCGGUAGCAUGAUCUAGAACGCCGCCCGACUCGGAGAGUGAAAGUGUACGAAGAUUCGACGCUGUAAAACGAAACGAACCUACUUAAACCCUUUGACGGGUCGCCGCGUAUUUACCGGGCACGAGCGAAUUUUAUAACGAAACUGUAAACUUCGAGAUACACUCCGAUUUUCACACGUUCGCGAGGGAACACUCAGACGUCGCACACUUAGAAAGGGGUUUCGUAGUACGCGCGUGGAGGGGUUAACUCGUCGAUUGAGUAGCUUACGGUCGUAAGAGCGAUUAAAGAGGAAUGAGAAUAGAAAAACGAAGAACCAGUAGAACGACGAACGAACUCGUCUUCCCUGAUUAACAAGCUAGAACGAAGGUAACGGAGUGACUGCCUUGUGUCUUCGCCCCGAAAGAAUAGACGGCGGCCGGUGUUCGAUCCGUUGUUAGCUAGAUAUGUUAAGUUACGUAUGUUUGUAAUGCAUGUAUGUGUGUCUAUGAUCCACUAUUAAACGCGAAUCGUAACGGAGUCCCGUACGGACGAGCGAUUUUUCAAAAUGGGUCGACGAAUUCGACGAACGGCUCUACAAUUGGCGAGCGGCGCGACGCUCGACAGAGAUAGACUAGACGUAUACACAUAUAAACGAACGGUUUAGGGGUUGCGUAGAGAGGGUGUAGCGGGUGAAUGGUUAGGAAUGACGUCGGACGGAUGACGGAUAAGCGUUUCUUGUCCCCUGCCAUCCCGCGUGUUGUCACUCCUUAGAAAUUUAGAACGAAAUAUGUACUUCAUAGAGAUGCCAAAGAACUUCGGAGAACGUGUGCAAUGUAUUAGUGCAAUUUAAUUAUCAUCUAUACAUACAUAUAUAUAUAUAAAUAUAUAUAUAUUAUAUAUACAUACACAUUAUACAGCGGAUUUAUCGCGGUGGUAAACCUGUCGGAUUCAAUUCGUGGCAAAGGGGUAGAUGCUAGUCGUGACGGCGAAACGUAUUUGUGAAUUGGAUGAACGCGAUUUCGAGCAGCCCUUAGGUGAAUUGUACAAGAUGCCGGACAGAUGUACGUUCGUGUGUAACCACGGAGCCAUCUUUUAUAAAUUGAUAAUACACGCCCGGAAGCUUUGCGAAAGCUUUCGCGACGCGCGUUCCCGAUUAAAUACCCUCUAUCGAGGGCACGCCGUUGAGUCGAGUCGCGCGCACGGCCGUCGAGGCGCGCGACGAAAGUUUUUAUUUUAUAGAAUUUAGAAACUCAUAUCGCUGUUAUUGGUUUCUCUGAAUGAUAUAUUGCGGUCCAACGGUACGGAAGCAUCGCGGAGAGGCGCUGAUCCAUUACGGAACCCGUUAUGCGUGAUAUACGAGGACGAUUUUUAAUGCUGUACCCGGGACACUUGUACGACGCAUCCUUGAAUUGCUCUCGUUCAAACGAGGACAGCAAUAAAGAUCAAUUUGACUUGAAGUAAACCCCGAUACGUUUACCGGGAAUCCAGAUCCUACUCGAACGAUCAGAAUAAUGCAGCGUUCCAACGCUAAGAACCACAACCAAUCAAUCAGCGGAACACACUGAUUUAUACUUUUUUAGAAAGAAUCGCGGCCGCGUGUCCCUCGAAAUUUCGCGCGGUGUUCACCGUGGCGACGAUAUACGUGCGCGAACGAAACGCGGAUUCGUUUAAAAAUUUCCGAUGGGGGAGCUCGUAUCUCCGAUCUCAUCCGAGAUCAGUUGUUUCGAGCAGUCUGGUUAGUUGUAGUGUUAAUGAAUCGCGAACGUCGCGUGAAAGGGAAUAGCAUAAUUGUCGAACGAGCGGUCCAGGUGGGUAUGGAAAAACACAAUGCCGGGUCGGAAUAUUCGAGACGAGUCGACGCUGAUUAAAAGCACGCUUCGAACGGAACUUGUAAACGAGAGGGUUGGGAGGAGGGGAGGGAAAACAGAGAGAGAGAGGGAGAGAGACAGGGAUAGAAGCGAAAACGAACGAGAACUCUGCAUACACACGUAGGACGACAGUGCAUUAUAUAAUAAUAUUCGUGUAGGAAAGCAGCGCAUCAAUUAAUAGACACAUAUGUAUAGCUUGUACGGUUACGAUGUCCAAUUAACUCGCUGCACGGUCGCGUGCGCGAACGCGUGUGCGUUCAUUCCCGCGCGGAAAGUAUUGCACGCGCGCAACGAAACGUGAGUCUACGGUUUCGCGACGGGAUCAGCUACUCGAAUUAGUAACGAAAUUUGCGUCAAUUAC